AUGUCAGAAAAAGAAAAGGAGAAGUGUACCAAUGGGAAGAUAACGUUCUUCAUUCAUGUAGACGAAGUUAAAAGUCCUAAUAACUUUCUUCAUGGCGGGGGAUGUUGCCAGGGUGCCAGAACAAGUCCUUGUCCAGAUCUCUGUAAACCAUUGUUCAAGCUAUGCCUAAAAGAUUCCUCAAAGCAAUGCCUUGAUGAUGUUACCACGACUCUUCACUUGGAAAGGAAUGACGUCAUUUACGGUUCCGUGAUUGGAAACACCACUAAUCCUAUUCUGCUUGAAGUAGACAGCUGGGAUAAAUAUCAUGAUCGACUUUCUUUGGAAGUGUAUGACAUACAGUCUUCAACUCUAUCCCUUUUGUUGAAAUCAGAAUUCACGGAUCAUGACCUCCAUAUUGGUGACAAUAUGUUGUCUCAAUUUUGGCGUCAGAGAAAACUACAAGCUACUUUUUUCAUCGACAAAAACAGUUUUAGUAUCCAGAUAACCUACAAAGCAUACUGUUCUGAAGGUUAUUAUGGAUCUGACUGCUCUGUACAUUGUCCCGGAAAUCCAAAAAAGUGUGUCGUCAACGGUCAUACCUACUGUAAAAUGGGUUGGAAUGGUGUAAACUGUGAUCAGGAUAUAAACGAAUGCAAUAUACCUGCAUUUUGUAGCCAUGGGAAUUGCUCGAACACAGUUGGUAGUUUUCAUUGUACUUGUCCGCCCUCAGUAUACGGAAUUAGAUGUCAACUUGAUGAAGACGAAUGCUUAUUUCAAAAUUGCAAUGGUGGCAUAUGUCAAAACAAAAUUGGAAGUUAUGAAUGUUUAUGUAAAAGCGGAAUGACUGGAAAAGACUGUGAAACAUUGACAUCCUCACACUGUAAAGCAGGCACGUGUCAUCACCAUGGAACCUGUCAGGUCAAGGACGGACACGCUGUCUGUACUUGUAAUAGAGGAUUUACUGGAACUGAUUGCUCCUUGCGCGAUUUUUGUGCCUCCGAUCCAUGUAAACAUCACGCAACCUGCUCAUCAACCGGUCACGGCUACAAAUGUCAUUGUGCAAAGGGAUACACUGGCCAGAAUUGUGAAGUUGUGGACUUUUGCUUGUAUAACCCUUGUGCAAACGCUAACAAUUGCUCCAACACUGGAUUAGACUAUGUAUGUUCCUGCACAAAUGGUUUUAUUGGGAAGAACUGUGAUGUUUUAGAUCCAUGUAAUGGGCAUUCAUGUAGUGGCCACGGUACCUGUAACGUAACACGAAAUGGUUAUUACUGCCAAUGUGACAGAGGAUUCAUGGGAAGAAAUUGCGAGAAUAUAGAUCAUUGCUUUCAACAAUCUUGCAAUGGUCAUGGCGCAUGUGUAAGAAAUAGUUCCGAUUAUUUUUGUGUAUGCCAAAGAGGAUAUGAAGGAAAAAACUGUGAAUUCAUCGAUUAUUGUCAAUUUAACCCUUGCCUUAAUGGUAUAUGCAGUAGAAAUGGAACAGGAUUUAUUUGCAAAUGCAACGACGGUUUCAAGGGUAAGAGUUGUGACGAAAUAGACUAUUGUUACAACCAGACGUGUUCCAACAAAGGCACAUGUCAAAGCAACCAUAAUGAUUAUACAUGUCAAUGCCAAGAUGGAUACUACGGAAAAAACUGUGAAUUAAUUGAUUAUUGCAAGUUCAGUCCAUGCUUGCAGGGUGUUUGUAGCAAUAAUGGAACAAAGUUCACCUGCACUUGCUUUGAUGGUUUUACAGGCAUUAGCUGUGAAUUAGUUGAUUAUUGUUUUCAUCAAAAUUGCUCUUUUAAUGGCCGUUGUAUAAACAACCCUCAUAAUUACACUUGCGAAUGCAACUCCGGAUUUCUUGGACCAAAUUGUGAAACAAAAGAUGUGUGCUUUAAACAAACAUGUAACGGUCAUGGUGUGUGUCACAGGGUAGUAGAAUCAAAUUAUCAGGAUUUUACUUGUAAAUGUGAUGCUGGAUGGUCGGGUUUGGAAUGUCAGUCUUACAACUAUUGCCAUAAUAUAACUUGUUCUAAUCACGGGAAAUGUUUUACCGGGAAUAAUGAUUUUGUUUGCGUGUGUGAUAAUGGAUUUUCUGGGGAAUUUUGUGAAUCUAUUAAGUUUUGCAAAGCAUCGUCUUGUGUUGCCCCACAUGUAUGUAAAGAAGAUGCGAAGGGCUAUACUUGUGUAUGUCCAUAUGGGUUAGCUGGAGACAAAUGUGAUCGAAUUGAUCACUGCUUAAGUCAUCCAUGUGGAAGUCAUGGGAACUGUAUUGAUACAAACACUGGUUACAACUGCUCUUGUUUCUCCGGAUGGACAGGUACUUUGUGCAUCGAUAUUGAUCACUGCGCUAAUUCUCUUUGCAAACAUGGUGCUUUGUGUCAAAAUAAUGCGCUUAAUUUUACAUGCACAUGUAGAAAGGGUUUUUAUGGUUUAUUGUGUGAAAAUGUUGACCAUUGUCUCACUGAACAAUGCCUCAACAACGGAACAUGCCAUAACCAUUUCAACAGUUCUACGUGUUUAUGUCCAAAAGAGUGGACAGGACUCCACUGCGAGAUCGAAAAUCUUUGUGUUACUAGGCAGCCAUGUGGAGACCAUGCUCACUGUUUUCAAGUCGGAUCGCAAGUUUCGUGUUCUUGCUUAUCAGGUUGGAUGGGAGAAAAUUGCACAAUCAAAGAUUACUGUUAUGACUUACCUUGUGGUUCAAUGGGAACCUGUCAAAAUUUGGCAGAUACCUAUUCUUGUAAGUGUGAUCCACAGUGGACGGGUAAAAAUUGUGAAACAUAUGUCUGCGAAAACAACACUUGUCUUCAUGGAUAUUGCCACGCCAGCAAGAAUGCUUUGUUUUCUUGUGACUGUGAUUCUGGCUGGAUAGGACAUGAUUGUAAUAUCAUAGAUCCUUGUAAUACUUUGAACUGUACCAAUGGAGGACAAUGUCAGGUGACCUUACAUAAACCGUUUUCAAAAUCAAAUUCAUCGUUAAUUUCGUACAAAUCUGAUUUACAAGCAACAGGAGCGUGCAGAUGUGCCAAAGGAUGGGAAGGAAAAACGUGUCAGACGGAUAUAAAUGAAUGCCAGAAACAAAACCCUUGCCACGGUCACGGUUUUUGUAUAAAUAGUAACGGUGGAUUCACUUGUAACUGUGAUAAUGGGUUUUCUGGUUCGGAAUGUGAUGUCGAUAUAAAUGAAUGCGCUUCCAACCCAUGUCAUAACAAUGGUACAUGUCUCGAUGGCGUAGAUGGAUAUACUUGCUCGUGCUCUUCGUUCUUCUAUGGAGAGCUGUGCGACAAAGAUGUCAAUGAAUGUCAGUACUUUGUGUGCGGAUCUCAUGGAACUUGUGUGAACACUUAUGGUGAUUAUAGAUGUUUGUGUUCUCCAAAUUGGACAGGGCGUCACUGUGAAAAUCACAUCAGUUCAUGUUCUCUUCAACCAUGUAAAAAUAAUGCAACGUGUUUCAAUGUAGAAGAUACAUUCUUUUGCACUUGUGACAAUCGCUUUACAGGUCGACACUGUGAUAUUGAUGUCGACGAAUGCAAGACAAGUUCACCUUGCAAAAACGGUGCGUCUUGUUUAAAUAUAUAUGGGUCUUUCUACUGCAUGUGUCCAGCAGGAUGGAGUGGCAAGACCUGUGACGUUGAUAUCGAUGAGUGCUUAACAAAUCCUUGCCCAAAAAACACUACUUGUGUAAACCAAAUAAAUGGUUUUGAAUGCAAAGAUUGUUCUACAUAUAGGUGCCUUAAUGGUGGACAGUGCGUUGAUUCAGACACUGGCCCCAAAUGUAAUUGUUCACAGGACUGGACAGGCAUUAAUUGCGGUCAACGAAAUUUUUGCAAAGACAAUCCAUGUGGAUCACUCCAGAUCUGUAUUAAUACUAAAAACGCCUACACUUGUGAAUAUCAUGCUUGCAAAAGUUCUCCAUGUAAAAACAAUGCAAAAUGUGUCGAAAACGGAGCUGGAUACUACUGUGAAUGUCAGGCUGGUUGGAAAGGAACCUUUUGUGAGGAGAAAAACUACUGUGAAACAGUUGUUUGCGAAAACAAUGGUACUUGUAGAAACGGAAACUCUUCCUUUCAUUGUACAUGUCCCAUCAACUGGUAUGGAGAACGUUGUGAACUGUUUGACUAUUGCUUUGAUUAUCCUUGUUUAAACGGUGGUAUUUGUCAAAAUCAGUUGGGUUCUUAUAUCUGUACAUGUCCACAAGGUUGGGUUGGCAAAAACUGUGAAACACAAGACUACUGCCACACACUACCGUGUUUAAAUAACGGUAUUUGCAAUAACAAAAAUACAUCAUACAGUUGUGAUUGUCCAAGAGAAUGGAAGGGGAGAAAUUGUGAAGAGUACAACUACUGCUUCAAUUUACCUUGUCGUAAUAAUGGAACUUGUCAGAGUGGAAAGGAUUCAUUUCUCUGUUCUUGCAAGCCGGGGUAUUUAGGAAAAGUGUGUGAAAAGUUUGAUCAGUGUCUUUCAGGUCCAUGCCAAAACAAUGGAACUUGUUUUAUGAAUCAAUCUACUUUCGAAUGCCGCUGUCAUGGUGGUUACAUAGGUAUGCAAUGCGAGAAUGACCGAAAUGAAUGUAAAAUGAAUGUGUGUCCUGCUAAAUCAAUUUGCUAUAAUGAAGAUGGUGGAUACACGUGUAUUUGGGAACGCAGAAGAAAAAGAGAAUCAGAUUUUUCAGGGUUGAAGUCUGGUGUCGUCGAAGUGCCUUUCAUGAAAAAUAAGAAAGAAAUAGAAAACAACAUAUCAAACAAUCUUCUUUUGAUGGGGAAAUCAUUUUGCAAAUCUCAAAACUCGCAGUUUGAACCAAGAUCAAUGACAUUACAAAGGAAUGGGAAAAUGUUCCUUCAUUUUACUGCAUGGUGCAACGAAGAUUAA